CGUUCCGCCUCUGCCGGCUCCGACGCCACUCCAAGUCCCGCCCGUGGUGCCAGCGGAUCCAGUGCCGUCCGCGCCACCUUCCCGCGCGUCCGCCGGCUGACAGCUGCUAGCACUCGAGUGUUCUCCCUGCGGUCCGAACACAUAGUAUGAUCUUUAGGUGUUUCGUCUCCUGGCCUUCAUUUUCUAUGGAAAAUCAAGGGGACCGGGCUAUGACAGCCACUGGCAAUUUUGAAGAAAGGGACGCUUUUAGAGAAGCUUGAUCUUGGAGGCCUCGGUGUGAGACCUCAGAAAGCCAGAUUCUGGCAGAGUUCCUCUAUCUCGUCUUGCUGAUUGAAGGCAUCCCCUUCUCCAGUUCUUCUCCAUCUCCUGGGAGGUAGAAGGAAAUCCGAAUCAUGGUUGGGUUCAAGGCCACAGACAUGCCCCCUACUGCCACUGUGAAGUUCCUGGGGGCUGGCACGGCCGCCUGCGUGGCAGACCUCAUCACCUUUCCUCUGGAUACCGCCAAAGUCCGGCUGCAGAUCCAAGGAGAAAGUCAGGGGGCCGUGCGCGCCGUGGCCAGCACCCAGUACCGCGGCGUGCUGGGCACCGUGCUGACCAUGGUGCGCACCGAGGGCCCGCGCAGCCUCUACAGCGGGCUGGUGGCCGGCCUGCAGCGCCAGAUGAGCUUCGCCUCCAUCCGCAUCGGCCUCUACGACUCCGUCAAGCAGUUCUACACCAAGGGCUCUGAGCAAGCCGGCAUCGGGAGCCGUCUCCUGGCAGGCAGCACCACAGGUGCCCUGGCGGUCGCCGUGGCCCAGCCCACCGAUGUGGUGAAGGUCCGCUUCCAAGCUCAGGCCCGGGCUGGAGGCGGCCGGAGGUACCAAAGCACUCUUGAUGCCUACAAGACCAUUGCUCAUGAGGAAGGGUUCCGGGGACUCUGGAAAGGGACCUCUCCCAAUGUUGCUCGCAACGCCAUUGUCAACUGUGCUGAGCUGGUGACCUAUGACCUCAUCAAGGACACCCUCCUAAAGGCCAACCUCAUGACCGAUGACCUUCCUUGCCACUUCACUUCCGCCUUUGGGGCGGGUUUCUGUACCACCGUCAUCGCCUCCCCCGUCGAUGUGGUCAAGACGAGAUACAUGAACUCUGCCUUGGGCCAGUACAGCAGCGCCGGCCACUGUGCCCUUACCAUGCUCCAGAAGGAGGGGCCCCGAGCCUUCUAUAAGGGGUUCAUGCCCUCCUUUCUCCGCCUGGGGUCCUGGAACGUGGUGAUGUUCGUCACUUACGAGCAGCUGAAGCGAGCCCUCAUGGCCGCCUGCGCUGCCCGCGAGGCGCCCUCUUGAGCCGCCGCCGCUGACCCGAAGCCUCUGGCUUUCAAUUCCACUCCACCCAGGCCCUGCUCCCCACUUCCUCCUUCCCCUCCCUGUCUUCACCAUAUCCCACCCCCUCCGUCCCUCUCUCUUUCCCUCCCUCCCACACCUCUUGUUUGGCUCAGUGCUGGUGGAGGUGACCCCCAUCCGACAGCCGGGAGACCUAAAGCCUCAGUCCUGACCCCCAAGCCCAGCCCAGCCAGCCUGCCCCCCAUAAAGCCAGCUCAACCUCGGUG